CAUAAAUGAAAGGAGGUAAAUAAUAAAAGAACAAAUCAAUCUGGGAUCAAGUCAAAAAUGAAGAAAAGGACUUCUACUACAACUUUUUGGCUAAAAAAUACAGGAAUCUCUAAAAGAAACUCAAGGAUAUUGCUGACCUAGAGGAAUUACAAAAAACUAAAGAAUUGAAACAAGAAUAGAUCUAGAAGAUUCAAGGCAAAGAAGAAAACAAUGAAAGAAUUAAAGAAUUAGAAGGUACUCUCUCGAAUUGGCUCAACGCUAAGAAAGAAGCCGAACAAUAAGGAUCGAUUAUCACUAUUGAAGCAUAUAUUAUAAUUCUUUAAAAUCUCGCCUAAGAUCCAUAAUUGGUUGCUUUGUUAGCCCAAGACCAUGAAUCCACACAUGAAUUAGCUAAAAAAUUGUAAUCUAAAAUAGUUGGAUAAUAAGGCAAAACAGAUUAACCAUGGAAAGGAUUGAAAGUAUUUGAAUUACUCCUAAUAUUUAGUUAAAUGUUCAACUCUAAGAAUAAGUCCAAGAACCUAAACAAACUCAAGAUGUAACUGAAACAGAACCUGUACAAUAAUAAGUUCAAUAAGUUAUACAACAAUAAGAAUAACCUAUCCAAUCUAAAUAAACACCUUAAGAGGAAGUCUAACUUUAAUCCAAAUAGCCUGAAUAGCCUGAAGUCUAAGAAACUUAAGAACAACAAUAAUUCAAUGAAUAAUAACCCUAAGAUGAACAACCCUAAGAAGAUACCGAAAAUUAAGUCUAAGAACCUAAGCAAGAUCAAUAACCAUAAACAAGGGAAGGUUAAAGACAUCACCAACAUCAUGACGAUAGAAGAAACUACAAAAAGAAUUACAAUAACAAUAAUUAUGAUAGAAGAAACAACAACUACGAUAGACCAUACAGAGGAAACAAAUAACAUUAUCACAAUAGAGACAGAAAUUAUCAAUAGGAAUAAAUCUGGGAAGAAAAGGUUGAUAAAUAGGCUCCUUAAAAUCAAGAAGACUAAUAACAGGAAGAAGAUGACUACAUUACCGUUAGAAGCAAGUAUUAUUUACCUUUAUGCCAUCUAGAAAACCAUAGAAACCAUAGAGAGGAGGUUAAAGAAAUUAUGACAAUAGAAAUAACAAUAGAAAUUAUGAAGGCAACCAAUAAAGAAGAUAGAAAAAUAAUGAGGAAGGUGAUUAAUGAGAGU